AUGAGGAGAGGACCGUUCCAUCCCUACCUGGGAUCAGCAACUCCGGAGAAAAUGAAUAAGCCCAAACUAACCGUGAUAAAUCCGAACCCACACGUCAAGUCGGUGAUGAAGCUAUAUUACAUUAUGACCUACCUCGAGAGGAUGGACAGUACCAGCAAUUUGAUCACUCUUAUCAGCUCAAUGAUUGAUGACAAAAUAAGGUACUUGCCACCCGAGUUUCAAUCCACUCCACUCGACGACUGGUGCGGGAAAAACUAUGGGGGGAGUUAUGAACAUAGAUUCAAAGCAUCUUCGCAAAAGAGGUCUGCACUGUACUCACUCUCAGAGAAUUUAGCUACACACGUAACUAUAAACACUAACUUAAUGGGUCAGGCUCUCAGAGGUAACGAGGACUACAACAUCUUUUUCCAAGGGAUAUUCUUACAUACACAGAAUUACGUUGCGGAGAGUGCAAUUCGGAAGAUGAGAAUUUAUGACACAUAUGCAAUACCACUGAAUUGCCCUCACUGUACGUAUCAAAUUCUUAAUAAACCUAUAACACUAUCGAAUCCAAGCUCCUCUUUCUUAACUCAGAUUAGGGUGAAUUUCCCAGAGGCUUCUCUGAGUUCGGACAUGAUAGCUUCUAGUAUUAGGAUGUGUACAGCAGCAAUGUCUGUCUCGAUAGGAAGAAAGUUGGCUCAUUAUAGAAUGCACGAAUCGGAGGUCCACAGUGCACUUGAAUCUCUGAAGGGAGUCAAGACUGAAGACUCAACAGAAAGGACGAGUAGUAAUCUAAUGUCCGAAUUCAGAAGUGCCAAUCUCGACUAUGUCCUGGUUGGAAUGUUGCAGGCUAGCAAGCAUCUUCUCGAGUGUAGAAGGAUCUAUAGGAGAUUAUCCAAUCCAUUUGUUCGAGCAUUUAUCUUACCUCGUUAUUAA